AAGAAAUGACAAGUCCAUGGCAAAGGGACAAAUAAUCUAAGUUUAGCAAGAAUUACUAUUUCAUCCGACUUUCUCAGCCUUUAUAAAAUGGUCACAAGUUAAACUCACAAUUCAGCUCUCAAGUCUCAAAAUCCAUGAAGUUGAAGACAGAAGGCAGUUUUGAUCGAACAUGGACAGAAUAGUAAUCAUCUGUUUAGCCAUUUUAGCCAUUGCAGUUGCCUCACUUGUACACACUACUGCAGCAGAGACGAUUGUUGUUGGGGAUGGCUUGGGCUGGCUAGUGCCUCCAGGUGGUGACCUCGCUUAUGGUACUUGGGCAGCCAUUAAUAAGUUCACUGUUGGUGAUGUUCUCUUGUUCAACUUCACAAGUGGAGAACAAGAUGUAGCCAGGGUCACAAAGGAAGCAUAUCUAACCUGCAAUUCAACAAAUCCUAUUUUCCUGAAAACAACUGGUCCUGCAAAUUUCACCCUAGAUGCCACUGGUGAAUACUUCUUUAUCUGUACAAUGUACGCACACUGCCGAUUAGGCCAAAGGUUAGCCAUCUAUGUAACCGCUUCUGGACCCAAUCCUGCUCCUCAUCCUUAUCUUCCACCAGCAGCACCCGCGCCAGUCUCUCCUAGAGCACCGGUGACCUACACCGUCGGCGAUGGCUUGGGUUGGCUUGUCCCUCCUGGUGGUGAAUUCGCUUACAUGACUUGGGCCUAUAACAAAACUUUCAUGGUUGAAGACAUACUAGUUUUCAACUUCGUGGAAGGACUACAAGAUGUUGCCCUGGUGACCAAGGAAGCCUAUGAGACCUGCAACACUAGUAGCACCAUCCAAGUUUGGUCUACAAGUCCUGGAAAGAUCUUAAUCAAUUCUACUGGUGAUUAUUUCUUCACUUCCACCUAUCCACGCCACUGCAUCUUGGGUCAGCAGUUAGCCAUUAGGGUGGUCUCCAGCAGCGGUACUACUGAUCAUGGUACUGCACCUUCUUCUAGCAUCGCUGGUCCUCCAUCAAGCAGCAGCACAGGCAGUCCUGUUACAGAAGGCCCUGCCACAUCUCCUCCUCCAGCUAGCUCAUUUUCAUCUCGGGUUAUUGCUGGAUUCUUCAUUACCCUAGUCUCCAUUGCCAUGGCUGUUUUUUAGAGAUAGUUAUAUGCGCAAACUGGCUAGCUAUAUAUGGCAUUCAUUUCGCUCCCUAUGUGAUUGAUAUGUUUUUGUGUUAGACCAUUUUCAUUGGUACGUGAUUGUCACUCUAUGGGAAAUUCUUAUCUAUAUUCAGUUUAUCCAAGACACAAAUAUAUGAGAUCUAUUGAGUCCUAUUAUAUAUUUUGUGUCUUAAAUUCAUGUUAAAAGGAGUUUAGACAAGAAAAAUUCUUCUAUGUAUUCCAUUUUAUGAGGUUUUUUUUUUAUUAUUGAUGAUUAUUUCUUUGAAAUAUAUAUUAUUGGUUGGAGGUUUAUUCACCUUAUUCAUGUAAAUAAAUAUUUUUGUUAAUAAAGACAUUCUUUACUUUUUAAUGUUUA